AUGCAACACCUGUCGGUACACCCGACGGGCUGCAGGCAGCAGCAGCAGCAGCAACAGCAGCAGCAGCAACACCAGCAGCAGCAACAGCAGCAGCAGCAGCAGCAACAGCAGCAUCAGCAACAGCAGCAUCAGCAACACCAGCAGCAGCAGCAGCAACAGAAGCAGCAGCAGCAACAGCAGCAGCAGCACCAGUACUACUGGUGCUAG